AUGUCCACUUACCUGAGCGUUAACGAGGCCAACAGACUCUCCCUUGUCGAGAGCUUUGAGAAUCACCCUGGCUCCUCACCACCUCUCGAGGCACGACUGCCAUCUUCCACUGAUUCAAGCUCCAGUUUGCUCAAUCCGAAUUGUGACACUCCGAUUGUCAUCGUUUCGCAAAGCCACUCUUCUCUAGCAGCACCGCCUGAUUUAUCUGUAGUUUCCUCUUUCCAGGCAUUGACAUCGUUGGGGCCUCCCCCCUCUCAACCAGUAGUCCAAACCACUUCGAUGCCUCUCUGCAAUGUGAGCACUACAGAACCUGCCAGCUCUGCUAGAAUCACUACUGCUACUGAUUUUAAUGUUCCAAUCCUGUCCCUUGGUUCAGCGAUAAGCUCGGAAUUCAGCCAUAGAGAUGAAUCCUGCUUUCUUGGAAAUACCUGUGUACAUUGCCCGUAUCCUGUGAAUUCAUCAUCCGCAUUCGCCAGUUCAGACGCGACAAUCAUCGGUAAUCAUUUGACGUCCGUCUGUUCCACUCAUUCUUCCUAUACCUGCUCUUCUUCCUCUACUGUCUGCUCUUUUUCUUCAUCGCUUUCAUCUGAUCUGAAACAGCGAAUCUCUCAAAACGUUGCCCCACGUCCAAUAAUCUUAUCUUCCGGUGUAGUGGAUCUGCCAAACUCGGUAAACCUCGAAGCGACAAUCGUUCCACACUCUUCCCACUCUUCUCCUCGUGUUACUUACUCCUCUUUGUCUGAUGUUACAACUUCUGCGUGUACCUCAUCGUGUAUCUCCCCAUCUCUUAACGUUUCUUCCUCCCUUAAGCCCUAUAUACUUACAACUACAUCCAAAGAAGCCAUGACUGAUUAUAAUAUAACCGGUGUUAACGCGAAAUCAUCUAUGGAUUCUAGCAAGCUCGUGUCAGUUUCCGGUCAUUUUAAACCAAACGAAGCUGUUUUUUCUUCUACAGAUGAUUUUACGACAGCCCUCCAUUCUGGCACUACAGCUGAUGUACUCGAAACUGUGGCUAUCGGGAGUGAAGAGUCCAAGCAGUCACCAUACCCUCUACAUACCAGCCUUUCAUCAGAUCCUUCUCGUGCCUUGGUUCUGCCUCAGCCAUCAGUCCACAUACCGGUCGUUUCAUCUUUAAAUUCAUCUAAUAUUGGAGACGAGACCUUCUUGGAUCCGUUCAGGACAUGCGUUAUUAGGUCCAAUCUGUCGACGCUACAAAAUUUGUUCAUUUCUGCCACUCCCAACGACCGAUUUUCUUGUUCCGCACUUCCACAGGAUCCUUCAUUUGCUUGCAUACCUCAAUUGGCUGUCGACGUCAAUCCAACCCUAGAUUCACCUUCUGGCCAAGUGCCACAUAAUUCAGUCGAAGUGGAUGACCCUACUCUUGACCAGAAGCUCGACUCCGACAUAAUCAACCCUGACGGAGAAGCUAAGGAAACCUUGUUGCCUUCACAAUCUGACUUGCUUAACUGCAGAAGCGCUUUUAACGAUGAGGUGAAUUCGAGACCUGAGUUGAGUCCCGAUCAGUUUUCAAGUUCUGAAUCUUCAUGGACGCCAGAGCCAGGCAGUGCUGCCUUGGCUAUUCGGCCCAGCGGCAUUUCAGUGAAAAAAUAUUCUUGUUCUAAGGACGGCAGGAGUACUGGUGCCAAUCUAUACUCAGGACCCGAUUGGCCUCCAGUCACUGAUCUAACUUUCACUGUGAUUGAAGAACAGAUAGGCAGGGCGGCAAAUCUGCCUCGGCAUCCACAAGGCCGCCAUGCUUCUGCGCCGAAUGGUAAUUCUAAUAUUAUCCUCUUAUUUUCGCUUUAUCUGAUUAAAAUUUUGGUAUUGUAUGAAAAAAGCAAUCAAGCGUAUGGGCUAGCUUGA